GCAUCUGACUACGCGUCUUUUAACGUGUAAGCCUACUUUGACUAUAGAAUAUAAUCACGUUUCCACCAUAGAGCCCCUCAGGAUAUCAGCAUUCCUUCUUCUAGUCAUCUCCUGUCGCUUUUCUUUCACAUUGAAUAUCAGCAGAAAUUACUGGAUCUCCAAGAACUCCAACCCAACAGCAACGAUGGCCAACCCACCCGAAUCCAACGUCUCCUCAGAUUUCCCCUUCACCUUCCAAACCAUCGCCGUCCUCGAUUCAAAAAUCGCGUACAUUGACACCCGCGACACCCGCCACAUCACCACCACCGCCAUCUUCCUCCACGGAAACCCAACAUCCUCCUACAUCUGGCGCAACAUAAUCCCCCAUGUGGGCCUCAAACUUCGCUGCAUCGCCCCCGACUUAAUCGGCAUGGGCAAAUCCGGCAAACCCGACAUCGCCUACCGUUUCGUAGACCACGCGCGCUAUCUCGACGCCUUUCUCGACGCUGUCGUUCCAGAAGGCAAGAUGGUGUUCGUAAUCCAAGACUGGGGUUCCGCCUUGGGAUUCCAUUGGGCGCGUCGUCAUCAAGAGCGGGUGAGUGGGAUCGCGUUUAUGGAGUUCAUACGGCCGUUUGCGACGUGGGAUGAUGCCGGGGAGAGGGGGCCCGGACAGGAGACAUUCAAGGCAUUCCGCACGCCGGGCGUGGGUCGGAAACUCCUCGUUGAGGAUAAUCUCUUCAUCAAGGCCAUACUGCCUGGCGGCGUGGUGCGCGGAUUGGCUCCCGAAGAGCAGGUGUACUACGAAGCGCCGUAUCUAGACGAGAAGUCCCGCGAACCGGUUUAUCGGUGGCCAAAUGAGUUGCCGAUUGAGGGAUCGCCAGAGGAUGUGUACGCGAUUGCGGAGGAGUAUCACGAGUGGUUGUUGGGAAGUGCUGUUCCGAAGCUCCUGUUUUGGGCGUCGCCGGGAGUGUUUGUGAGAGACGAGCAGGCGAAGUGGUAUGUGGAAAAGCUGAAGAAUCUGAAGGCCGUGUUUUUGGGGGAGGGGUUGCAUUAUUUGCAGGAGGAUCAUCCGCAUCGAAUUGGGAGCGAGAUUGCUGAGUUUAUCGAUAUGUUGGAUUCGCGUGUCGGAUCUAAUUAAUGUUUUCUAAUCCUAUUUUUACUCUUCUAGCGAAUUCUUAAGUCGUAAAUUACACAGUUAGAAGUAGCCUUCUUGGACGU